GGAGUAUCCCUUGAACGAGCUUCACAAUGAAUGCAGCAUCCUGUCAGCUUCAGCACAAUGGUGAGAGACAGCGCUCACGAAUUUCCAUUCAGUGCGAACUAACAGCUGUCCAGUCGGUUUGAGGACUGCUGUCACUGAAAACUAAACAAAACCCCGUCGCAGAAACUUUGGAUAGCAGAGACUUGGAUAUGAAUUAAAUAUUUCUCACAAGGCAGGAUGCGCACGAGCUGAGGUGGUCUCUGGCCGGAAACUUUAAACCAAGACUCAAGAUCUGAAACUGCAAGGAUACCAUUGUUUUACUGUGUGUUGAAUUGAAAAUGAACUUUUUGAAGAUAUACGUGGCGUUGCUGUUUGUGUUUGUAAUGGGAUUGUCCACAAUUGCUGUUUUAGCACAGAUAGACAGCGCAUGUGGUGGUAAUAUCACAGUCACAAGUGCCGGGUACGUGACAUCACCAGGCUAUCCUUCUGGGUACCCGAUUUCGCAGCAGUGUGUCUGGCUUAUCAGCGCCCCCGAUCCGCACCAGCAAAUCCUCAUCAACUUCAACCCGCACUUCGAGCUCGAGAGCCGUGACUGCAUGUAUGACUUUUUGGAAGUGUACGAUGGGGACAAUGAAAAGGCAAUUCUGGUAGGGAAGUUCUGUGGUAAGAUUGCUCCAUCCCCAAUCACCUCUAGUGGAAAUUUACUGCUGAUCAAAUUCAUUUCUGACUACGAGACCACUGGUGCUGGCUUCAGCAUCCGCUAUGAGUUGCACAGAGCAGUCACAGAAUGUUCCAGAAACUUCACUGCUCUAAGUGGGUUGAUCCAAACUCCAGGCUUUCCUGAUAACUACCCUAACAGCCUGGAUUGCACAUUCAUCAUCUUUGCACCCAGGAUGUCAGAGAUUGUGUUAGAGUUUGAGAGCUUUGACAUGGAGCCUGACAACACAGCGGCAACUGGAGCCUCAUGUCGAUUUGACUACUUGGAGAUCUGGGAUGGAUACCCAACAGUUGGCCCUCAUAUUGGAAGGUAUUGUGGUUCCAGUAAGCCACGCCAGGUUGUGUCCUACACUGGCAUUCUGUCGCUCUCCAUCCACACUGACAGCGCAAUAACAAAGGAGGGCUUCUCAUCCAAUUACGAGAUUCGCUCCAACCAAGCGCAAAGCCCUGAGGAAGCCAAUGAGUGCCUGUCUCCUUUGGGAAUGGAAUCUGGUGAAAUAAGUAAUGAGAAAAUUACUGCAUCAUCUCAGUACAAUCCCAGCUGGUCUCCUUUCCGUUCAAGAUUAAACUACUAUGAAAAUGGCUGGACACCAUCGGAAGAUUCUACCAGGGAAUGGAUACAGGUCGAUCUGGGCUUCCUACGGCAUGUUUCAGCUAUAGGAACACAAGGUGCCAUUUCUAAGGAAACUAAAAAAGCUUACUACAUAAAGACCUACAAAGUCAGCAUCAGCACCAAUGGAGAGGACUGGAUAAUGGUAAAAGAUGGCAACAAGCAUAAGGUGUUUCUUGGCAGUCAUAACCCCACAGAUGAGGUGCGUGCCUUUUUCCCAAAACCCACACUGACACGUUACAUAAGGAUACGACCUAUGACUUGGGAACAAGGCAUUUGUAUGCGCUUUGAACUAUAUGGCUGCAAGAUAUCAGAUUCUCCAUGCUCAAGCAUGUUGGGGAUGGUGUCUGGUCAGAUCUUGGACUCUCGGAUUUCAGUUUGGCCUGAGGUGGAGAGAGGCUGGUUACCUGAGCAGGCCAGGUUGCUGACAGGGCGCUCUGGCUGGUUGGCACCUCUGCCAUCUGUAGAAUCUGUACCACAUGGCACGGCACACAACACCUGGUUAACACUGGACCUUGGUUUUACCCACUGGGUCACUGCAGUUAUCUUGCAGGGGGGGAAACACAGGAACAAGACCAUGUUUGUCAAACGCUUCAAGCUGGCUUACAGCACCAAUGGCUCUGAUUGGAGUUACAUACACGAUGAGAAGAGCAGCAAAGCCAAGGUAUUCAUGGGGAAUCAAAAUCAUGACACUCCAGAGUUGUGUUCCUUCAAGCCUCUAAUGACACGUUUCCUGCGGGUAUUACCUGAGCGUGGUUCGCAUGAUGGCAUGGCACUCAGACUGGAGUUGCUGGGCUGUAACACUCAGUAUGCUACUACAAUACCUCCAACCACUACAAUGAUAACCACAGUGAGGGCAACUGCUAACAUUCCAAUAACUAGCCCAGCAGUUGCUGGAAUCACAACAGUGGACUGUGAAGAAGAAUUUGCAACUUGUCACAGUGGAACAGACACAAUUGAAGACUAUGAACCUACAGCAUACCUUUGGUUUAACUGCAAUUUUGGCUGGUCAGACCAACCCUCUUUCUGUGGGUGGAGUCUAGAGAGCAUUGGACAAGUGGACUGGCUCUUACAAAACCAUGACACUCCCUCCGAACAUCAACUUCCCAAUGUGGACUACACAGGUAAACCGGGAAACUUCAUUUACACUGCCCUGAUCAGUGAAUCACUCCGUCCAAAGACAAAGAAGCCAUUAGAACAAGAGUUAGAGAAGGGAUCUGAGACAGGACAGAAAAGAGAGAUGGAAAGAGAAAGAACUGCAGAGGUGAAAAAACACAACGGGAUGGAGAGUGCAGUCAGUUUGGCAAGGUUGAUCAGUUUGCCAGUUACGUCUUAUGAGGAAGACCUUUGUGUAACAUUCUGGUACCGGUUCACUGGAGACAACACAGGUGCUCUUCACAUUUGGCAAAAGGCAUCGGGAGGAGGUAUGGGAGUAGAAGGAAUGGGAGACCUGCAGGAAGACGAAACAGAUAGACAAAAGUAUGGGAGGAAGGUAGAACAGAAGGUACUGCGAUGGAGGAGGGAAUGGCAAGAGACUAAAUUCUGGAAAGAAGGAAGAGUUCUUAUGCUCCAUGCUGAUAGGCCUUACAAGGUGAUUAUUGAGGGUGUUGUUGACAGCCAAUUGUCUGGACAUAUCUCUGUGGAUAAUGUGAGAAUUGUCCCUGAAAUUAGUGCUGCUGAGUGUAAAGAUCCACAGUAUGAGGUGAUAUCUGUUACAGCUAAACAAGAGCCUGCAAAGUUUGAUGUUAAGCAGAGUACUGAGGACUUCGCGUGGAACUUCGGGCAGCAGGGUAGCUCUAUGCUAAAGACACUGAACCCCAUUUUGAUCACAAUCAUUGUGAUGAGUGCCAUGGGUGUGUUGCUAGGGGCUGUGUGUGUUGCAUUGCUGUAUUGCACCCUGUCCCACAAUCUUGAGGAAACCACUUCUGCCCUUGAGAAGUACAACUUUGAGCUUGUUGAUAACCUGAAGCUAAAGGGGAAAGUGAACAGACACAAAUCAUACACAGAUGUGUAAGGACCAGUGCUAUGCAAACUCUUAAACAAACAUUUAAUAAAAGCUUGUGACUUCUGAUAGUUUACAACUAAAUUGUGUUUUUAUCUCGACAUGCAGAGACUGACCACCAGGUGUUUUUGAAGAAAACUAAUGCUAAAAUUAAAACUAAUGCUCUAGCUUGUUUACCAGUUGGUUGGUUGGUCUAUUUUUGUCCUUCGCUUUUAAUACUUAAUUAUAAUGUGGCCAGUCAGUAUGAAAAUAGUUAUGUGUGGCUUGCAGCUUAGGUUAAAUCCAAAUACUGCCUUUAUAGACAUUUUGCUUAAUUUCCUUACCUGGUCCUCAUCUUGCAACUACAAUUGCACUCUGCGGUUGAAAUUCAAAAACGAAAACUAAAAUCGUAUUUUUUUUUUUAGCCCUGUUUCCAAUUUUUGUACUGUAACUUCUUUUCUCUAUAUAGAGACAGCAAUGUGCUAAAUCAACUAAGGGAGUAAAAAUAAAUUUUUAGGUCACAAAGGUCGCAUAAAAUUGCAACACCAUCUGCAAAAUUCCUGCUCUUGGGAUCUGCAGGGAUCAAAUAUAUGUAUCCAGUUAUGUUUUACCUUCCAAAGCCACAAGGACCUUUAAGACAAUGGUAAUAUAAUGACUUUUUCUAAAUGUAUUGUCAUGAAGUUUAACAUUUAACAUAUAACUGUAUAAAUUACAAUUUAUGUAAACAUUGUGCAUUCUUACCUUGUGGUGAAUUUAUGGGACGUCUACUCUUGGGAAGAAUGUCAACUGUUUUGAAUGUUUUCUACUUGUGAAUAUUAUUCCUCACUGUAGAAUGCUGGAGCUAUUGCAUCUCUAAGGUAAUUGCUAAUGUUUUCCCUUCUUGGAAUUGUGUUAACACAGCUGGAUUCUCCAGCAAACUGCUAAAUUUUGGGUUUUUAUAUGGAUAGUCACACUUGCUGAUGAUUAAAAUAAUCAAGGGCAUUUAAUUAGAGCAUCUGGCUGCUACCUAACCUUUUCAAUCCUACAAAAGCAGUAAUGAUGUACUUAGUUUUUCAUUUUGUAUAUAUUUGUGGGAGAGCGAAGGGUUUGGGGAAAAGAAGACCACUACAGGACAGGUUCAAAAUCAAAGAAAUGUUAAUUUUUUAUAAGCUCCAUGCUCAGUGUCGCAGCCUUACGUUCCCAGGCGCGCACGCACACACACACACACACACACACACACACACACACACACACACACACACACACACACACAUCCUCCCGCUCCUCCUUAAAUACUCCCUCUCAUCACUGCAAGAGAGAGAACACACGUUAGUCACAAUCCCCUUCAGGUGUGUCAUUCCCGUGUCUAUCUGCUCCCGGUCUCGCCCUCCAUUCAUAUUCAUAUUUAAAAUAAAUAUUGGUGUUUUACUUUACAGUACAGUAAAUUUCUUUAAUUUAAAUACAAUGGCAUGCUAGGAAGUUGGAGUCAGUGUGUAAGGUCAGACAUGAUUGGGCACUCUGGAGCUUUGCUGAACAUUGAUGCCGGGGACUGAUCCCCUGACCUUCUGAUUAAUAACCACUCUUUAACCAUUGAGCCACCACUCUUCCAAGUUUCUGUUUAACCACGAUGUAAGCUGGUUUUAAUUAUAUACACAGAGUAGUGGAUCAUUCUACAAGAUUCAUACCUUGUUCAGUACCUUAGCACUGACCCUUAGAUCAUUAAAAUUUUAUAUAAUAAAAUACAGGUGUCACUGAUAGCUUUAUAACUUGGUGUUUCAGACUAUGCACAUGGGCAGCAAAGUACUGCUCCUUCUACUACAGCCUGCAAUCCAAUCCUUAACCAUUGUUCUGUGACCGAGCAAAUCUAAUCUUCCAAAUUAAUUGAACCUAUAUUAUAACAAACAGGCUAACCUUGGACCUGGACUGAGAACCGCCUUCUUGCAGCAGUUGUAGAUUAAUGUUGCUGUAAUUUAAACUGAUGAAAUUCCAAUCAGAAGUGCACAUUUUUUCCCACUGAGCUACCACUUCCCCAAAUCCACAUGACCUGCUAUGUAAUGACCUACCACCUUAUCUACAUGACCUGCAGUGACUCUAAACAAGAAAUGCUAAAAUUAGGGCCCACAGGCCUAUAGUGACAUUUGAUUAGGCCUGCCAUGACAUAUAGGAGUAGAUGCAAAAAAAUGCAAUUUGGAAAAACUUCUGAAAAUAAAAAAAUAAGUAUGUACCUCAUUACAGGUCAUCUGUAUUAAGCACUGAACAAUAUUCUACAAUACAUUUAAUUGUUUCUCAAUGUACUGAAACUGAAAAAGAAUUUUGAAAAUAAAACUGCAUUAGUUAAGCAGA